GUUACCCUCACGCAUAGUUCUAUACGGACUCUCGCUUAGGAGUUCGCUCCGCCCUCCCCUUCUCCGGCGCUGGGAACCCUAAAUUGAUCCGCCGGCGAUCGGCCCCUCAAGUUUCCGGUGUUCAAUCUGUUCUCCGUUCGACGCUUUAGAAAUGGAAUUAUCUAAUUCUUCUUCGAAUAGUGAAUCUGUUGAAACAAUUGAAGCUUCUUUUAGUGAGAAAGACAAAGACAAUGCAGGGGUAGAUUCAAUCACAGAGGGGCCUGCUUCUAUCGAGGAUGUGGGAAAGGAAUCUCAACCUUCAAAAGAUGGCCAGGUCGGUCCUAGCACAAGAUAUACCGGUAUUGGGGACAAAGCACUUGUUCAGAAGACAACUAUAAAUUCACAAAUGGAGCCAGAGGUUGGUAUGGUGUUUCAUUCCGAAGACCAAGCUUAUAUGUUUUACAACAAUUAUGCUCAAAGAAAAGGUUUUAGUGUCCGAAAGGGUCACCUUGGUCGAAGAAAAGAUGGGACUGUACGGAACAGAGUCUUCUUGUGUAGCAAUGAAGGUGCUCGUCAGAGGCAUUCUACACAUGUGACGAAAAAACCACGUGAUGUUGUGAGAACCAAUUGUAUGGCCCGCAUUGAAUAUAAGGUGAGUCGUGAUGGUAUAUGGGUUGUAAGUAAAAUCAUUUAUGAGCACAAUCAUCCACUUGUACGACCACACAAAGCACACUUGUUAAGGUCUCAUAGGAGGAUAGUGCAAUCACAACAUGAUGGAGUAAGUGAUGCUGUGGAAAAGCCAGCACAACCUCUUGAAUUUCCUGCAGAAGACGCUCAUGAUGCUGAAUCCAUUGGGUUUCUCUUGAAGGAUCAAAGUAGCUAUCUUCACACUAACAGGAUGAGAGAACUUGAGAAGGGAGAUGCUCAAGUUCUUUUAGAAUUCUUGAAAGCUAAGCAGCUAGAGGAUCCCUCAUUUUUCUACGCUAUACAGCUUGAUGAUAGGGAGCAAGUGACCAACUUCUUUUGGGCAGAUUCUCGAUCGAUAAUUGAUUACACCUAUUUUGGUGAUGUGGUCUUAUUUGAUACAACUUAUCGUCCAAACAAGAGUGAGGUACCAUUUGCACCAUUCAUUGGUAUCAAUCAUCAUAGGCAAAUUGUUUUAUUUGGUGCUGCAAUUUUGUUAGAUGAGACCACAGAAUCAUUUGUUUGGUUAUUUAGAACCUUCAUGGUUGCAAUGUCAGGACUACAACCACAAACUAUUUUGACAGACAAUUGUCCAGCAUUAUCAAGGGCAAUUAGUAUGACGUUACCUGAGACAUGUCAUCGUUUUUGCUUAUGGCAUAUAAUUCAGACCUCUACUGUACAUAUUUCUCAUGUUUAUAGUAAUGACACCAACUUUCAGAAGGAUUUUAAAGACUGCAUACAUGAAGAGGGUUCUGAAGAGGAGUUCUGCUCCAAAUGGAUUAGGUUGAUUCACAAAUAUGAUCUAGCUGGUAACUCCUGGUUAGAAGAUGUGUAUGCAGCUCGAGAAAGAUGGGCAUUGGUUUAUAAUAAGAACUCAUUUUCUGCUUUCAUGACAACAAUGCAGUGGAGUGAGAGCAUGAAGAAUCACUUCAAGAAGCACUUCAAUAGGAAGUUGCCUCUUUCAAAAUUUUUAGAGCAGUAUCACAAGUCAUUGAACCGAUUUCGUGAGAAGGAACUAUAUGAGGAUUAUAAAUCAAGACAAACCAAACCAGUUUUGCUGGUUGACAUGCCUAUGCUAAAUGAAGCAGCAGAAUCGUAUACGAGGCUCAUGUACAAUGAAUUUGAAGAUGAGUUUAAGAGCCAACUUUCUUGUCUUUGCGAACCAAUAGGAAUAGAUGGCACAGUGUACACCUUCAAAGUUGCCCUUCCUGGAAAGCACUCUUUUGGGAUCGUUGAACUUAAACCAUCAAAUUUAACAGUGUCAUGCAGCUGUAGAAAGUUUGAGAGUAUGGGCAUCUUAUGCAUGCAUGCACUAAAGGUCCUUAACAAUAACAACAUCCUUCACUUGCCUUCCCAGUAUAUACUGAAAAGGUGGAGCAAAUAUGCAAAUGUCGAGAUUGUAUCUGGGAAACAUCAUUUGAUAGCUAAAAGUGAUGGCCAAGAUCUUCUGACGCAGCAGUAUUCCCGGGUUUGCCAUAAGGCAAUUACUAUUGCUGUAAAAAGUGCAUUUUCUGAAGAUGCUCUACAGAUUUUUGACCAAGAACUUGAUAAGUUGAUAGCUGAAGUUGAACAUGUUCUGCACAUGGCUCCAUUGAGUAGACAAACCGAGGAUGAUGUGAUACUCAUUGACAAUAUUCAACAGGACGAACUAGGAAGUAAGAGAAAAAGGAGCAAGAAAGCUCGUGCAAGGGACGGACAAGAUUCGAAACAGAAGAAGAAGCUUCAAUCCCGUAAUGAUGCAGUUAACACAGGAACCAUCUACCAGAAAAUACAGACUAAAGAAAAAGCAAGGCAAACUAAUGAUGCAUCAGAUCGGUUGAUGAUUAAUGAGCCCUCGCAUGUUGCAUCAUUUCAUCGGGAGAGCACCACAUCCUAUGGCAAUUCAAUGUCACUGCAGCCUUCUGGUUGCUCACCUUUUCCUCAGGACACUAUCAUGCCUACUCAGGAACCAUUUACACCUUCUCAAGGUUUAUUUGAUCAUGCAAUUGCAUCUCAAGGAGCAAACAGCGGUAAUAUAACAUGGUGCACCCCGAGAGGCUCAAUUGGUGUCCCCAUGCCAGUUUUGCAAGGGCAAGCCAACAACUAUGUAAGUUGGGUGGUUCAACCUUGCAACGUUCCCAGUAUGGCUAUGCCACAACUUCAUCUCGACCAUCCAAUGCAUUCUACUGUUCCUGGCCAGCAUCAGUCAUUGUCUCGCAAGCUCACAUUCGACAUUAACAAAGGUACAGAUACAACAGGGCACAUGCAACACUGAUAGUGUCCCUUGACGUUGAAUCUUGAACUGACUAACAAAAGGCCACCAUCAGGUAAUUGAUUCAGAGCGAGCGUACUGCACAUUUCAACUGAUUGAUCGACACCUCAUGUGGCUCAUGACAGCGCAUGACGACCACGAUAUGUGGGAAUGCUGCAGCCCUAAUCUUUGUAACUUUGUUGUAUAGCAUCUUCAAGUCUCAUUAUCUUUUUCCCCUUUUUUUGUGGCCGUUUUUACCACCACCAAGAUCCUGGUUUGUAACAUCAAUGCCUCGAUCAUGUCGGUUACCGGAUCGAAUGUUGUUUUAGUUUUUUUAAUCUGAAGCUGAUCGAAGUCAUCUGUUAUAUAUUAGUAUAAAUACCUUACAGAUGAUGUACUGGUGAUUGGUAUUUAGGGUUUACUGUAUUGGUAGUUUGUAAAUCAGUUCUGGUUAUUUUA